UUAGCACCUCACCAGGAAAUACUUCGACUGAAAAGAAAGCGUAAAAUGUCUGCAAGUUAUGAAAUAUACAACAUGCUUCCUGAAGUCAAUCUUCUGCCAUUAUCUAAAGUAAUUGACUUAAAAGAAUUGUCGAGACUUACUCCUGUCAAAGAGGUCACUUCAAGUCAUGUGGAGUUUCUAGAGAAAUACAAACAUUUGAGAUGGCAUCGAGUUUGUCACAACGGGAUGGUAGGAAUAUGGGUUGAUACCAUUCCUAAGGAGACAGAGGGAGAAAAAUCGAAACUCCUUCAGCGACAUAUGGAAAAUCGACCCAUCUAUGGAGACCUUCCACUCUAUCGCCGCAUUUGCAAAACAGAAUUGAAACAUUAUGGCAACACAAGUUUUAGGCCUGUGUGGGGAAUCUGGAAUGAGUUGUCAAACAGAACGGAAGAUAUGCUGUAUUUCUCUGAAGGAUCUUUGUAUAUUGGAGAGCUUCUUUUCUUCGAUAAGACAACCGUUUUAAACACGCAUGCGUGGAUAAUGCGAUACAUUCGUUUCGCGCCGGACAUUCGACAACGUGUCGCGGAUGUCCUGAAAAUGAUGGGUCACCCUUUUAAUGCAUUGCACGUGCGCAGGACCGAUCAUCCGACAAGUUUUCACAUGAAACAGGAGUAUUGGUUACAGCAACUAAACAUGCGAGAUGCAGUGAAUUUAACAAAAACUCUUUACAUUGCCACCGACGAAGAAGACAAAACUUGGUUUAAACCAUUUAGUGACGCAGGGUACAAUUUAUUUUUCGCUGAAGACUUCAGUGAUCAGUUGCGACUUGGAAACGUAAGCCCUGCUGUCACUCAGGACAUGUUAGGCUUGUGUGAGCAGCUCAUUUGUGCGCAUGCUGACCAUUUCGUGGGAUCGUAUUAUUCGACAUUUACCAUGUACAUUAAGCGGCUAAGAAAACAACUGACUUGGAAAAAAGGAAUGAUGCGAAAGCCUUACACCUCUAUCGUAUGGGCUGGAACGACUGAUGACCGAAACUAAUGUCAUCACACUGCAGUGUUUGGUGACAAACUCCCAUCAAACUUUGAAAUCAGUUUUGUUCUUCCACAAGACGUCUUAUUUUAUGGUUAGCUCCGUGAAUGGGUAAGAUGAACCGAAUCCUGCGCUGAGAUUGGCUACCUGAGCCGGCAAGAUGGCACUAUCUUGUCAGCUUGGGAUUUUCAAUUCCGCUGUAUCCCGCAAGGAAAUAGUGUUCUUUUUUCCAUAUAUAAAUACAUUCUUUAUUGACCAAGCUUGUUCUUUUCUUUUGCGUGUUUAUGGACUUCGACUCUGUCUUGGUCCGUAAACAAGCCAAACAAGAACUUGGCCAAAAUCCGAUCCAGGCAUCUUGACCUAACGGUUGGUCAACAACCCAUGCAGCUGACAGUUUUUCAGUAGAUAUAGCUUCAGGUGCUAAACAUGUGCCUCACCCCACGCCCAACAUACCUUUCAGUGCUUUUUUGUUUGUUUGUUUUUUAACUCAAUUACCUUGCCCAAGUAGGUAAAAUGGUCAAUAUCGACAGAGCACUUUAAUGUUAGUAAAAUGGCAAAGAUUGUGAGACAUAGCUUCUCAAAGGCGAAGAGUUUUACAGACCUUUGUAUGCUGGGGGGAGGGUGCGGGCAAAUUUAUGCCAAAUGUAUACAAACGUCUGGUAACAUUUUAUGACUCCGUAUAACCACAUUUUCACUAUUUGCCAGCAUGACAACAGGAAGCGUAGCCAGUGUGCAAUAUUGCAAGGUGCUCUUUCCAGCCUUGUCACAAACUUAGACAACAGAUUAAAAAAAAAUGUGGUUGGAAGAACCGUAGAAUGGUCCUUUCUAAACAACUUUUUGACGACUAAAGCUUAAACAUGACCGCCUCUUUUAAGGGGAAACUUUAAGAUACUUGGCUUUUGCAAUGUCAAUCGUCUAGCUAUCAUAUCUUCGAAACAUUCAAGAGAUUUGUAGUAACAUUGUUCAUUUAAUGUAGCUGACGACGAAUAACAGUGUUUCCGAAAUAAGAUUCAUCACAAAACGUUAUAAUUAUGUGCAAAAAAUUGAAACACUUAUCUAUAUAUACAGUGUAAAUAAAGAGUAAAAGCUUAGUUGUCGAGAUAAAGUUGACAUUCGUCUUCUUCCCUAGCUCAAGACACGUCUGACACGGGACUCUAAAAAUUCCAUUCUGAUGACGUAGCUUUAAGGAGAUCCGCGUAGCGUCUCUGAUUGUUUGUUCCUCGAGUUUGAAUUUUCGCGCGCAAGUAACAAGCAAUCGGAUACAGCUCUUGCAUCUCUGUAGAGCUACGUGGAAAAAGGGUUUCGAAUAGCAGACUGAGUCUCUCAGGACGUGGGCUAGCUCACUAAAAUUCUUAGAUCUUUGUCGAUCUGAGACGAACUGAACAACUUAUAGUUAUUGUACAGAAGUUUAAGAACUCAAGUUUAGCCAGCCAAAAAAUCAGAUCGGACCUCCCAUAUGCGGAUUUGCUGGCGACAAAGGAAAGUGUCAGCUAACGCUUUGGAGAGGUGUGGGACCCGACUAGGGGAGGUUAUAAAUGCAGUACUCUUAUCUGGCUGGGACCAUGAAUAAGUGUCCGUGUACAGUACAGGAGCUGACCGUUGGCGAAUGUUCAGCUGUGGUUGAAUAGCGGCUGUUCCUGCACAUAGACUGCUACAUUUUGUUUCCAUUCCUUAUGGCUUUAUCACUAUCUAUGCUGAACCGUUUCUCCAUGAAUGCCCUUGUAGCAGGUUUGUAUUUUUCGCUUCUGUCGAGGGAGUACGUGCGCGUUCUCUUGCCUUUACCAGUCAAAACUUGUCUGAAUCCUGCUGACCGCAUGGGAUCGCUGUAAUUUGUAAAAUGAGGCGCUUUGUGUUGCUGUGUUUCAAACUCAUAUCCACUUAAACUUGCUAAGCUGGAUUGAAGAUCGGUUUCGGACAUGUUGGACAUCGAGUUCUUGAUCUGACGCAUGCGCUUUAUUGACGGAGUUGCUAUGUACUUCUUCCGUUGUUUGUCGCUAUAUUUAGCUUCAAAUCGAACUUUCGUGCUGUCGACGUAUUUUCGUCUAGCUCUAGAUGCUUCUUCGUCUUGUUUUCUGAGUGUAGAAUGCCUCCUUAUUGGCGCAAACUCAGUAGUUAUCGGUCUUUUCUCUUUAACGAUAGCUCUCUGCGGGAGCGAAACGUCAUCAAUUGCGGCAUUCGUAGAAAAGUCCGUAGAUACACCAGUGAAUCGAACAAAUC